AUGGCUGCCCUGAAAUCAUUUCUGGAUCAACAUUUUAAAAUAAAAGAUCUUGGUUCUGUACACUACUUUCUAGGUCUUGAGGUCACCAAAGUCCUUCAAGGCUAUGUUAUCAAUCAGUACAAGUACACCAGGGAUCUCUUCCAAGAAUUUCACUGUCUUGAUGUGAAAAAUGUUCUUACUCCACUUGAUCCUCAUGCCAAGCUCACCUCUGAAGUUGGAGAUCCUCUUCCUGAUCCCUCAUUGUAUAGGAGGCUCAUUGGCAAGCUGAAUUUUCUCCAACAUACCAGGCCGGAUAUCUCCUUCUCAGUACAACAUCUCAGUCAGUUCUUGGUAUCUCUUAAGGUGCCUCACAUGUUGGAUGCUCUACAUGUCCUUAGGUAUCUUUUCAAUGCUCCUUCUCAGGGUAUUCUACUCAACAACACAGCUGAUUUUUCCUUACAGGCCUACUCAGAUUCAGAUUGGGCUGCUUGCCCCAUUUCCAGGAAGUCUGUGACUGGUUACUAUAUUGUUCUUAGGGGUUCUCCCAUUUCCAGGAAAUCAAAGAAACAACAGACUGUUUCUUUGUCUUCUACAGAGGCUGAAUAUCGAGCCCUCAGGAAGGUUGUGGCUGAGGUUACGUGGCUGGUUCGUUUACUAUGUGACAUGAGUUUGGUGAUCUCUUCUCAUGUCCCCGUGUAUUGUGAUAGUCAAGCUGCCCUUCACAUUGCUAAGAAUCUUGUAUUUCACGAGCCCACCAAACAUAUAGAGGUUGAUUGUCAUUAUGUUCGUGAUGUGCUUUCCACUGGUUUAAUCUCUCUUCAACAUAUCUCCACCACUCACCAACUUGCUGAUUUUUUGAAUAAGGCCUUGACAGGUAUUCCUCAUCACAGGCUAUUGUCCAAGCUGGGUGUGUUCCCACCCUCCAGUUUGAGGGGGGGGGGUGAUGGAGUCCAAUUACCAAGCCCAAAAAAAUAG